AUGCCCGCAACGACAGCUCCUACUUGCAGCAGCCCGCUGCUGCCGCCAACCUCACACUUGUCUUCUGUCGCCUCGGACCUCGCGUCUGGAUCAUCUUCCAAGCCGCACUUUAAUACGCCUGUGGUCCCCGGAAGUAGCACUUCUAGCAGCUCCUCUUUGUCCACCUCUCCCGGAUGUGGUGGGGCCACUGCAACUACGGCGGGGGCCACGAAUCAUGUCGCGCAGCAGGAGCGUCAGGUCGAACAUCAAAGCAGUAAUAAUGCUGUUCCAUCCUCCUCGCCCUCUUCCCCGUCUGCUCAACAGAAGUCGCUUGAACAGCAGAAGAGCUUGAGCCAGGAUAAAAAUUGUUCAUCUGCAGCAUACAAAAAUAAUCACCACCUGCAGCGGGAGUGUUCGGUGGAAGACAUCCCGCUGAUUGCGAUUCGCUUGGGACUGCUGACGAACGACAGCAUGAUUAUGCGGUUUGAGCUGUCCAACCAGAUGUUCAAGCAUAUCAAAUGCAAAAAUGUCUGGGUCUGGAAGCGGGUACACUUGUCAUGCAGGUUUUCCAUGACCCAUGAGGUCCUGAAUGCGAGACCUAGCAUGACAGACUCUGUGAGGUCUCUGCCAUGCCUCUCCUGCAUGAGAAACUCCCUCCCAACUUGGUCGAAAGUAGACAGCUUCUGGCACUCAUGCAACACAGAUUUUUGCAUGAUUCGGAUUUAGCAUGACAAGUUGCUAUUUUCCAGACCCAGACAUAUUUGCAAUGCAUAAAGCAAUCGAACGGGCAAAUUCCACUGGACCUGCCCUCUUUCGACGCCAAACGCCCGAUGACCAAGGACUAUUUGCGGUAUACUUGAUUCAAAUUCUUUCUUUUGGUUGCCUGCCACAAUACUUUUUUCUUGAAGAUGAACCGUCGUACGUGAUUUUGAUGUCCUAAAUCCUAAACCAGCAACAACUGCUUGUUCAUCUUCCGGAAGUAGAAGAACUAGAAGUAAGCAUCAACGUAUAGGAGUCACAGACCGCACCUUCCUCAUCUUGAAGUGGAACUACACCAGCUCGACAUCAAAGAGGGAAUAAAAUUCUUCGUCCCAUCUAGUCGUCGAAAUGAAAAGUCCUACAAUUUUCUCAGCAUCAGACGAGAUAAAAUUUGUAAUGCCGAUUUUACCUUGAGAAAAAGAUUUGUAAUGCGUGACUGCUUAUACAGGUACCUCCUGAAGAAUUUCCUGAAGGACCACACGAAGCGGAUCGAGGAAGAACGGGAGCGUCUGGACAUAUUACAAUGAAAAAUGCCCCCCCCAUAUCAAAACGGAAAUCUGUGAUGCAGAUUUGUGGUCACAAAUCAGCUUUCUGAUGCUAGAAGGGAAGAGAUGCAGAUUGUAGUGCUGGCUGGCGCAAGGACGCCUUGCGUCUGCAGCAUGACAGGAAGCAACUGGAAACGGGAAAUAGCAUAACAAAUUGCCUCCACAUGAGGGACCAACUGCGCCUCUUGGCCUUCUAGCAAUACACAACGAUUUGUGUACUCAAAUACAGCAACACACAUUUCGUUUUUGAUAUGUGGAGGGAGGAUUUUUCCUUUCCAUAGGACAUCGCCGCGCACUUCCUUGGUGCGAUCGACGCCGCGGAGUGGCGGCAGUUCGUGACGGCGACUAUCCCUUCCAUCGGCGCGGACGUGAUCCCCCGGGAGCAUUUGGCGGAAAAGGCGAAGAAGGAAAACCAGAAGAAGGAACCAAAGUGUCUCGCGGACGAACUGCGGGAAAAGUUAUCCCUUGAAGUGCAGAUGAAAUCCGGGAGCAGCAGCAGCCGGUCGUCCGAAAACGGAGACCGAGACGCCCUGUGCAACAGUUCGGAUGCCGGAUCUUGUCCAUCGGAGACCAACAAGGAAAACAAUAAUGCCCACGAUUUGUCCACAACGACCGAAAACGACGAUCCUGUAGUUCUACUUGAUGCAGACAAGAACGCUGUUGGUACAACUACUAAAAACGACGAGCAGGAGGGAGAUGAUCAAGAUAAGGAUGCACCUAGUUCAUCAUCAAUGUCCCCACUGCGCACCUCGGUCGAACUGCGGGACGAAAUCAAGGCUUUGCUGUCUACGUACAACAAAUAUGCAUUGCAAAAGUAUCGUACUCGUACUCAUCGCAUUUAUGCAUUACAAUUUUUUUUGCCAAGGUAAAUCCGCAUUACAGAUUCUAUUUGUUUCUCAACGACGACGACGAUGUUGGGGAAAUUUGUCAUGCGACUCAGACUAGUGCGAUUAUACUUUUGCAGUGCAUAACAAACAGGCCGAAGAGCGCAGCCGAAACUUGUUGAACCCACCGAUGCAACCCACUAGCACCAGUCCCGUUCCUGCUGUUCUCGUGGGAGAUAUUAGUAAGACAGACGCCAAUACUUCUACUUCGCGGAAGAAAUCGGUCACGUUUUCCUCGGCAGUGGUUGAGCACGAGGACGAUGAUACUGUUGCUGCAUCUUCCUCUCCCAAAACGGAUAAAAGUGGCGUAGUAUCGGAGGUGUCGAAAAAACCUCUAGUUUCCUCACCGACAGCUCCUGCGAAGGCUACUACAACCUCUUCCUCUUCCGCAACAACUACAACCGAUUUCCUGAAUGGGGGCAUGAAAGUUUCCGCGGCAGUUUUGAACUCUCAUGGGUCCGGGAAUUUCGUUCCGGUUGUGCGGAAAAAUGACCGGAAUGGCCGGGAAGAGCUGUUCUUUGAACCCGUCCAGGGGAAUAACAUGUUCGCCGCGACGACGUCCUCUAGUGCGAGUCAGGGUCAGGGUCAUCACAGCUUGAUUGAGCCCAUGACGAUCGGGCAACACCACAAGGGAUCGGCUUCUUCUUCUGCAGCUGCGGCCGCACGAAUGAACAACAGUAACAAUAGUAGCCGUGGUAACAACGCGUCGAUGGGCCGGGGCGGAAAUGUACAGCAGCAGUACCACAACUCCACGAGUCAGAUGCUGCAGCAUCAUAGUAGCCAAAACCGGCGGGGCGGCGCCGGUUCCGGGCACCACAAGAAUGGGUCUUACGAUAUCGAAAGGAAAAAUCCCCCUCCCCAUAUCGAAAACGAAAUUCGUGAUGCUGUAUUUGAGGUCACAAAUCGACUUGUCAUGCUAGAAGGCCAAGAGCCGCAGUCGUGGCCUCGUUUGCAGGCAAUUUGUCAUGCUGUUUCCCGCUCUCAGCUGCCUCCUAUCAUGCUGAAGAUGCAAGGCUUGACCACGGCACCCAGCACUACAGUCCGCAUCUUUUCCCAUGUAGCAUGACAAAGCUGAUUUGUGACAACAAAUCUGCAUCACAGAUUUCCGUUUUGAUAUGGGGAGGGGGGAUUUUUCCUUUUGAUAUACGAGCAGCAGUGGCACCAGCGGCAGAUGGAACGGAAGCAACAAAUGUAUGGAUUGCAAAGAUGUCUGGGUCUGGAAGGUUGGAACUUGUCAUGCUAAAUCUGAAUCAUGCAAAAAUCUGUGUUGCAUGAUUUGCAAAUGCUGUCCACUUUUGAUCAAGUUGAGAGGCACUCUCUCAUGCAGGAUAGGCAUGAUAGUGAUCUCACGGAAUCUGUCAUGCUAGGUCCUCCAUUACAGAUUAUAUGGGUCAUGGAAAACCUGCAUGACAAGUCUAGCAAAGUUCCAGACUCAGACAUUUUUACACUUGAUAAAAUGUACAAUUCUACAACUUCUAGCCACCACCAGUCCAGCCCCUCCAGUGUGAGCAACAGCAAUAAACACGGCGGGAGUGGCAAGAACUGGAGCAAGCGUCAGGAGCAGCAGUACCACCAGCACCAAAACGCGGCCUACCAGCAGGUACAGCAGCAGGCGUUGGCUGCCGCAGCAGCGGCGGCCUACCAGGCGGGCAUGCAGCAACAGCAGAUGAUGAAUACUGCGGCGGCGGCCCAGGCCGCGGCGGCCAGCUAUAACCCUAUGGCAGGAAUUACCGCAAUGGGAAAUAACCCCUACGGUCCGGCGGGGUUGGCCGCGGGAGGGCAUCAUCCGCAGUUCGGUCCUGUGGGAACAGCAGCGUACCACCCGGCGUACACGACACCUGCAGGUGCUGCAGGUGCGGCAGGCCACUAUGUUAAUCCAGCAGCCGCCAGUCCGGUCUACCCCGCGCUGCCACCGACGUUUCCGCCGCCCGCAUUGGACUACAGUGCUGGGGUGCAGCAUGACAUGACGCCGCCGGCCACACCUGCGGCGCUGAAAAACAAAACCGCGGGGGCCGCUGCUGUUGCAACUGGCGGUCCACCGGGACUGUAA